GUAUAUCUCAGAAUUGCCUUCAGCACAGCAGCAGACAGCGACUGCACCAUGGCUCAAGUCCCAGUGCAGACGAUCCAUAGGGAUCCCCAGUUACUCUACUGGAUCCUCCUUCCCAUCACGGUGGUUAUGGUUCUGACCGGCAUCCUCCGGCACUAUGUCACCGUUAUUCUGGCGACUCCCCCGAAGGCUCUUGACCAGAAAGCCCAGCGCGAGCAGCGCUCCCUCCUGCGCGGCAUCAAUGUGCGGUCCAACUUCCAUGUGCUCUCGAAGCGUUCUUUCAACGCCCGCCGCGAUGCACUUACGGCAGCCUACGAGUCCGGCGCGUACCUCAAGGCGCCCGAAAACAGGGGUCAGGCGCCACCGAACCCCAUGACGGACCCCAAUGCCAUGGAGGGCAUGAUGGGUGCCAUGAAGGGACAGAUGGCCAUGAUUAUCCCGAACACACUUAUAAUGAGCUGGAUCAACGCGUUCUUCAGUGGCUACGUGAUCAUGAAAUUGCCGUUCCCCCUCACUAUCAAGUUCAAGAGCAUGCUCCAGGCCGGUGUGGCCACCAAAGACAUGGACCCCAGGUGGAUGUCUAGCAUUUCGUGGUAUUUCUUGUGUAUUUUUGGACUACAACCUGUGUUCAACUUCAUCCUUGGAAGUGACAAUGCUGCCAAUCAGAUGACCCAGCAGAUGGGCCAGAUGGGCCCCCAACAGCAGCAGAUGUUUGGUCCUGGCGUUGAUCCAGACAAGCAGUUUCUGGCCGAGGCCGAGAAUCUUGCCGUCAUUGAGCAUUAUUCCGUCCUUGAUAAUGUGGAGGACCGGCUGCUCGAGAGCAUCUGGGCUUGAUACCCGCCAGGAGUUUUUGUCGGGGACGGGAAGAUGGCGCUCAUCCCGGACUGUAGACAUAGAGAUUCGUAUAAACCAUCUUGAUAUGAUGGCAAGUGAGCAAAACUCUCUCAGAGCUCCCACCACAGCGUGCACCCCAGGCCUUGCGCCUUCAUGCUCCCCUUCACGACGUAGGGCGGUAGUCUCACCUCCUGUGGGGCCUCUUCGCCCGGGGCGACGGAUGGCUUUGUAGGGGUCUGAUCGUUCCACUCCUCGCCGGUGACAGCCAGGCGGACAGUCUCGUGGAUAUCCCAGUAGAGAGGACCGUUUUCGCUUUCCCAAACCCAGAGCUGCUCGUUGUGGUCGUACUGACAGCCCUCGGGCAGCUCCUCAGCCUCGACGAAGAUGUCGUCGAAGAAAUCAGUGCGAACGUGGAUGCCGUCGGGCGAACACCUGCUGAUACGGCCCAUGAUGACCUCGCCUUUGAAAGGCCGGAAGACAACGAGGCGGAAUUCGGCGUUCACAUUUGCUGUUCCGGUGCCAUGACCAAUCAGGCCUUCAGAGGCCCAUAGGAGAUCAUAAAGACAGACACAGAGACCGAUCUUCUUGUUGGCAUACUUGGCAUUGAUAUUGUCCUCAAUAGCCUGCAUGCUCUUCUUGUGAAAAUCCUGAGGGGUGAUCUGGACCAGAUCUGCAAUUUUUGUCAACAUAAACAUCUUGGUCUGGUGAUGUGACCGGGAGGUAGUGCUUGAGUUUUAAGUAGGUUCUAUGUUCAAGUUCAAAGGAAAGAAAAAAUGGAUGAUUUUGGGCGGACGACGGUCACUGCUGGCAUCCUCUGAAAAAGACUGGUGUACCAGACGACAAGCUUGGUAAUCUCAGCUCACAGAUUGUCUUUCAGAAAGAAAAUGACUGGCCAGCCUCCUCC